UUGAUAUUUUUUCAUUUUUUUCAAUUCGAGUAUUUUUGAGAAAUGUUGUUUGUGGAUAUUUGAAAUCGAUAGUUUUAUUUAUAUUUAUUUAUCGCAUUAUAAAUUUGGGCUUAAUGGUGCUGAAUGCUAAUGUUAUCAAUAUUUCAGAUUUUUCAUUUGAAUUCAAAAAGUGAACUGUGGAAUUGUGAGACAUUUGAAUUGAAAUUUAAAGACGUGCAGAGCGAUGGUCACUAUGAGUUCUGAUAAGUUCGCUUCGCGACACAAAGUUGAUCGCACAGAUGCGUCUGCAAGCGGGACAACCCAUGCAACGCCCAGCAGCAGUAAUUUAAAUGCAACAAAUGAAUCAUGUAAUUCGAUAAGUUCAACAAUUCCAGUAACGAUAUCGACAGACGAUGCUUCGAAUAUACCAAAUUUUCUUGUGUAUCAAAAAAUGGAAAAAAUAGUUGAGAAAAUGCAAGAUGAAGUAAGUGGCGUUCCAGUACGUACAGUUAAAAGUUUAAUGUCAAAAAUUCCAUCAGUUUUUACUGGUUCCGAUCUGAUUAUGUGGAUGAUAAAAAAUUUAAAAAUGGAUCAAACGGAAGCAUUACAUUUAGCACAUUUAAUGGCAGCGCAUGGCUAUUUUUUUCCAAUUGAUGAACAUAUGCUUACUGUUAAAAAUGAUAAUUCCUUUUAUCGAUUUCAAACCCCAUAUUUUUGGCCCUCAAAUUGUUGGGAACCUGAGAAUACUGAUUAUGCUGUUUAUUUAUGUAAGCGAACAAUGCAAAAUAAAACUCGUCUAGAGUUGGCCGAUUAUGAAGCUGAAAAUUUAGCUCGUUUACAAAAAAUGUUCUCACGUAAAUGGGAAUUUAUAUUCAUGCAAGCGGAAGCUCAAAGUAAAGUUGAUAAGAAACGUGAUAAGUUAGAACGAAAAGUUUUGGAUAGUCAAGAGCGUGCUUUUUGGGAUGUACAUCGACCAAUGCCUGGUUGUGUAAAUACUACAGAAAUAAAUAUAAAAAAAGCGUGUCGUAUGAAUCGUGCGGCAACUGCAAAUAAAUUUUUACAAUUAGGUACGUCUAGUAAUAAAUCAGCGGCACCAAAUAUCGAUCCACAAAAUGAUAACCCAUUGGGUAUGCUAAAAAAACAAAAUGCACGCUUAAAAUUACGAUUAGAACGUCGAAAUAUUAAAAUAUCGAAAGUUGCUGAAGCGAUAAUAAACUAUUAUGAACAAUAUGUGGAAUACGAUUACUUUUUGGUAUCGCCAGAGCAAUCGAAUCCAUGGCUAACAGACAAUCCUGAAUUUUGGGAACAAGAGAAACAAACGAAAGAUAUCUCGGCACGACGUGUUAAACGAUGGUCUUUCUGUCUGCAAGAAGUACUACAAGAUCCAGCUGGACGUGAACAUUUUAUGAAAUUUUUAGAAAAGGAAUUCAGUGGGGAAAAUUUAAAAUUUUGGGAAGCUGUACAAGAAUUAAAAGCGUUACCACAAUCUGCGGUACAAGCUAAAGUCGAAGAAAUAUGGAAUGAAUAUCUAGCACCGGAUGCCAGUUGUCCUAUAAAUGUGGACUCACAUUCGUACGAGACUACGAAAAAGAACAUGGAGAAUCCAGAUCGUUGGGUGUUCGAUGGUGCUGCCGCGCAUGUCUACCAUCUUAUGAAAAGUGAUAGUUAUUCACGGUAUCUCAGAUCGGAAAUGUAUAAGGAUUUUUUGAAUAAUUCCAAAAAAAAGACAUCGAUGAAAGGAAUACGUUCAAUAGUAUCAUUUUCUGCACGCAAAGAAAAUGCAACUACUUAAGAAACCCCGCUCCCUACCCAAAAUUUUCUGAAUUCAAAUUUCAAAUUCGCAAAUCGAUUUGAUACCAAAACAAAAAAAUGGACAAUUUUUUUUUAAAAUUAAUAAUAAGUAUGAUUUAUCCAUAGACUUAUGAAAUAUUAUAUAGAUGCAACAUAUGUCAUUGUAUUUUCUGAGUUUAUGGAGAAAAAAAAAAAGA